UUUUUUUUUUUCUCUCGAGGGAAGGGGUGGGGGUCAGAGGGCCUAUGUAUAAAAGUCAUGGCUCGCCACUGCAUACACAUGAUGUCAGAAGGAUCAGCUGUUAGUAUUUGAUUAUUUUGUUAUUCUUGACAUCAGUUAUUCAAUAAGGUAAUAUCAAAGAGUAUCCUCUAUCUCCAGUAUUUGGUUAUUAUAAUUAUCCAUACUUUCACAAUAGUUAUACAAUGUUUUGGUCAAAUACUCAAUUCUUAUUGGUCUGUUGCCUGUUCUUAAUUAAUAAACGUACUACCUAGUGUUAGCCUUAUACUCUGAAUAUGUCAUUGACAACACACAGUUCAGUCCUUUUCGCCAUAUCUUCAGAACGGAUGGCGACUUUCCCAAAAGGUUUGUGAGUUACACUGCCUCUCUGAACGUUGUAUUAUAAUAAUAGAUUUAUUUUGUUAGCGCUUUUACAGGUGCUCAAAGACGCUUUACACAUAUAGUGAAAAGAAAAGUAAAGAACAAAUAAAGUAUGAGUGUGUACCAUUCACCUCACAUCCUGUACAACAGGCUGACACCGACCGGCCGGCCGGUCAGUUGUUAUUACAAAUCUUGAGUUGGGCACAAUGACUGUACAACAGGUUAGUAUUGUUACUAUAAAGUGCUAUAGGGCUGGGCGACAUAUCGAAUAAACUCGAUGCAUUGCGGCUUAUUCUACAUACGAUGUAUGAAAUUACUAUAUGACGUCUGGUGUUUUUUUAAGCUGCCGACAUGAAUCAGACCUCUCGGUCUCUGCCAUAGUUCUCUCUCCCUCUCACAAACACAAAAAUUACAAAAAUGUUUUGUAUUGAGUUCUACAUGAAAGCUCACACCUUGCUGGUCAGUGGUGUCAGUGCUUUAAAUGCUACCUAUUUGUCAGUGUGUUGGCAUCAUUUCUUUUUUCCAACAAGGGUUAUGUAGGCAUUUUAUUAGUAGUAAAGGCAGCUUGUUUCUCGCUUGGAUCUACUCUUAGGAUUCCAAGGCUUUAUUGUCAUUUGCAAAGUAGUUACAGUUUAGAUAAGUCAACAAUGCAACAUCAAUAUACGUAUAUAAGACACAAAACAAUACAAUUAAUUUGAAGAACCAUUAAAUAGUGCAAGAAGUAAUACAGACCAAAGUUAUUGCUUGUCACUGGCAUACAAUUAUAAAUGAAUAAUCAAGUAUAAAGGUGACACUAGAGUUGAUUUCACCUCAGAGUUCAUUGCUCUCUGGUGUGGCUGUGUGUGUGAUGCUUUGUGAACACAGUGAGAUUAUGGAUCCUAUUGUUCCUGGGAUAAUGAGGUCAUAUCCCACUAGACCCUGGACGUCCUCCUCUGCCCAGGGACCAGGCUAUCUUGAGGUGUCCAGCUCUCAUAUUGAUUUGGUGGAUUUGAAUCACUGACAGCUGCACUGAUCGAGUGUGCAGAUAAUGCUGAGAGGAAAACAUCUGUAGGUCGAGUCCUUCCAUGAUACAGCGUGUCUUCAUGUUGUUUUCUGUGAAAUGAAUCGGUUCACACAUUAUAUUUUAUUUAAAGAGACCUCAAUACAGAGUAUAAUAUUUAUGUAUGCACCACGACACCAAGUCAAAUUCCUUGUACGUGUAAACUGGUAAUAAACCGGUUUCUGAUUUUGAAUAUGCUGUAGUUGAAGGAGCAUUCCAAUGGAGGACCAGUAUUUAUGUUCAAUGAUCUUUAAACCUCAAACUAUCUUAAUUUUAAGGCCCUUUAUGAAAGUCAACACUCUUUUAUAAAAAACAACCUAGAUUUUAACGUGCAUGUUAGCUUCUAUAAAGCUAAUGUCACUGAGGCAAAGAGAAUACACUGCCACACCACCAGCCUCAUCUAUACUGUAUCAGUCCACUCAGCAGUCCACCCAUUUCUUCCAUUAUUAUCAUUAUUAGUGGUGUAAUAAUGAUAAUAAUAAUAUAUCUUAUUUAUAGAGUGCUUUUUAGGGAAUUCAGAGGCAGUGCAGCAGGCCCUAAGUUAGACAGUGCAGCAGGCCCUAAGUUAGACAGAGCAACAGGCCCUAAGUUAGACAGUGCAGCAGGCCCUAAGUUAGACAGUGCAGCAGGCCCUAAGUUAGACAGUGCAGCAGGCCCCAAGUUAGACAGUGCAGCAGGCCCCAAGUUAGACAGUGCAGCAGGCCCUAAGUUAGGCAGAGCAACAGGCCCUAAGUUAGGCAGAGCAACAGGCCCUAAGUUAGGCAGAGCAACAGGCCCUAAGUUAGGCAGAGCAACAUGCCCUAAGUUAGACAGUGCAGCAGGCCCUAAGUUAGACAGUGCAGCAGGCCCUAAGUUAGGCAGAGCAACAGGCCCCAAGUUAGACAGUGCAGCAGGCCCUAAGUUAGGCAGAGCAACAGGCCCUAAGUUAGGCAGAGCAACAGGCCCUAAGUUAGACAGUGCAGCAGGCCCUAAGUUAGGCAGAGCAACAGGCCCUAAGUUAGACAGUGCAACAGGCCCUAAGUUAGGCAGUGCAGCAGGCCCUAAGUUAGACAGUGCAACAGGCCCUAAGUUAGACAUUGCAGCAGGCCCUAAGUUAGACAGUACAGCAGGCCCUAAGUUAGGCAGUGCAGCAGGCCCUAAGUUAGGCAGUGCAGCAGGCCCUAAGUUAGGCAGUGCAGCAGGCCCUAAGUUAGACAGUGCAGCAGGCCCUAAGUUAGACAGUGCAGCAAGCCCUAAGUUAGACAGUGCAGCAGGCCCUAAGUUAGGCAGUGCAGCAGGCCCUAAGUUAGGCAGUGCAGCAGGCCCUAAGUUAGAAAGUGCAGCAGGCCCUAAGUUAGGCAGAGCAACAGGCCCUAAGUUAGACAGUGCAGCAGGCCCUAAGUUAGGCAGUGCAUUAGGCCCUAAGUUAGACAGUGCAGCAGGCCCUAAGUUAGGCAGAGCAGCAAGCACUAAGUUAGACAGUGCAACAGGCCCUAAGUUAGACAGUGCAGCAGGCCCCAAGUUAGACAGUACAGCAGGCCCUAAGUUAGGCAGUGCAUUAGGCCCUAAGUUAGACAGUACAGCAGGCCCUAAGUUAGACAGUAGAGCAGGCCCUAAGUUAGGCAGUGCAGCAGGCCCUAAGUUAGACAGUGCAGCAGGCCCUAAGUUAGGCAGUGCAGCAAGCCCUAAGUUAGACAGUGCAGCAGGCCCUAAGUUAGGCAGUGCAGCAGGCCCUAAGUUAGGCAGUGCAGCAGGCCCUAAGUUAGACAGUGCAGCAGGCCCUAAGUUAGGCAGUGCAGCAAGCCCUAAGUUAGACAGUGCAGCAGGCCCUAAGUUAGGCAGUGCAGCAGGCCCUAAGUUAGGCAGUGCAGCAGGCCCUAAGUUAGAAAGUGCAGCAGGCCCUAAGUUAGGCAGAGCAACAGGCCCUAAGUUAGACAGUGCAGCAGGCCCUAAGUUAGGCAGUGCAUUAGGCCCUAAGUUAGACAGUGCAACAGGCCCUAAGUUAGACAGUGCAGCAGGCCCCAAGUUAGACAGUACAGCAGGCCCCAAGUUAGACACUGCAGCAGGCCCUAAGUUAGACAGUGCAGCAGGCCCCAAGUUAGACAGUGCAGCAGGCCCCAAGUUAGACAGUGCAGCAGGCGCUAAGUUAGGCAGAGCAACAGGCCCUAAGUUAGACAGUGCAACAGGCCCUAAGUUAGACAGUGUAGCAGGCCCUAAGUUAGACAUUGCAGCAGGCCCUAAGUUAGACAGUACAGCAGGCCCUAAGUUAGGCAGUGCAUUAGGCCCUAAGUUAGACAGUACAGCAGGCCCUAAGUUAGACAUUAGAGCAGGCCCUAAGUUAGGCAGUGCAGCAGGCCCUAAGUUAGACAGUGCAGCAGGCCCUAAGUUAGGCAGUGCAGCAAGCCCUAAGUUAGACAGUGCAGCAGGCCCUAAGUUAGGCAGUGCAGCAGGCCCUAAGUUAGGCAGUGCAGCAGGCCCUAAGUUAGAAAGUGCAGCAGGCCCUAAGUUAGGCAGAGCAACAGGCCCUAAGUUAGACAGUGCAGCAGGCCCUAAGUUAGGCAGUGCAUUAGGCCCUAAGUUAGACAGUGCAGCAGGCCCUAAGUUAGGCAGAGCAGCAAGCACUAAGUUAGACAGUGCAACAGGCCCUAAGUUAGACAGUGCAGCAGGCCCCAAGUUAGACAGUGCAGCAGGCCCCAAGUUAGACAGUGCAGCAGGCCCUAAGUUAGACAGUGCAGCAGGCCCCAAGUUAGACAGUGCAGCAGGCCCCAAGUUAGACAGCGCAGCAGGCCCCAAGUUAGGCAGAGCAACAGGCCCUAAGUUAGGCAGAGCAACAGGCCCUAAGUUAGGCAGAGCAACAGGCCCUAAGUUAGGCAGAGCAACAGGCCCUAAGUUAGACAGUGCAGCAGGCCCCAAGUUAGACAGUGCAGCAGGCCCUAAGUUAGGCAGAGCAACAGGCCCUAAGUUAGGCAGAGCAACAGGCCCUAAGUUAGGCAGUGCAGCAGGCCCUAAGUUAGGCAGUGCAACAGGCCCUAAGUUAGGCAGAGCAACAGGCCCUAAGUUAGACAGUGCAACAGGCCCUAAGUUAGGCAGAGCAACAGGCCCUAAGUUAGGCAGAGCAACAGGCCCUAAGUUAGGCAGAGCAACAGUUCCUAAGUUAGACAGUGCAGCAGGCCCUAAGUUAGACAGUGCAGCAGGCCCUAAGUUAGACAGUGCAACAGGCCCUAAGUUAGGCAGUGCAGCAGGCCCUAAGUUAGACAGUGCAGCAGGCUCUAAGUUAGGCAGAUCAACAGGCCCUAAGUUAGGCAGAGCAACAGUUCCUAAGUUAGACAGUGCAGCAGGCCCUAAGUUAGACAGUGCAGCAGGCCCUAAGUUAGGCAGUGCAACAGGCCCUAAGUUAGGCAGAGCAGCAGGCCCUAAGUUAGACAAUGCAGCAGGCCCUAAGUUAGGCAGAGCAACAGGCCCUAAGUUAGGCAGCGCAACAGGCCCUAAGUUAGGCAGCGCAACAGGCCUUAAGUUAGGCAGAGCAGCAGGCCCUAAGUUAGACAGUGCAGCAGGCCCUAAGUUAGACAGUGCAGCAGGCCCUAAGUUAGGCAGUGCAGCAGGCCCUAAGUUAGGCAGAGCAGCAGGCCCUAAGUUAGACAGAGCAGCAGGCCCUAAGUUAGGCAGUGCAGCAGGCCCUAAGUUAGACAGUGCAGCAGGCCCUAAGUUAGACAGAGCAGCAGGCCCUAAGUUAGGCAGCACAACAAGGCACUCGAAGGUCAUUUACAGAAACACAAGAAGCAUUAAGGAAAAAGGAACAUCAUGAAAUGACAUUAAGCGUCUUUGUGUUUCUUGAAAAGUGCUAUAAAUUGAAUGAAUUUAAAAUUAUUAUUAUUAUUAUACAUUUCAGACAUUAAUUAAAAAGCCAAAAAUGUACAUAUUAAAAGGUACAACAGUGCAGUGUGAGAUAUGAAUAGCUCUUUGAUUUAAUAAAAGGCAACGGCAGAAAGAAAAGUCUACAGCCUGGAUUUAAAAGCAGUGAGAGUAGCAGCAGAACUGCUGUUUUCUGCUAGUUUGUUCCAGAUAUUUGGAGCAUUAUAACUAGAGCUGUCGACGAUCACUAUGAUAUCAGUGCGCGUUAACGCUAACAAUUAAUCUGGAAACCUUAACGCGUAUAACAAAUGUAAUCUAAUUAAUCACAUCACCAAGUUUGACCCAAAGUUGCUCCAGUGCGGAUAUUGAACAUGAAUCACAUGGCCCUAAAAUGGCAAAGACAGGGGAAGAAUCAGCAACUGGUUAAGCAGAGGAAAGCCUUGGUGCAGGAACAGAACGCGGGCCCCUCCCUGAGGACCUGGCAGCUGGAUGGCAUGAUGUAGCCCCAACCCACUCACUGCACUAAAGGUAUAGCCUCUCUAGAGCAACCAUUUGAAUACUUCUAGAAUUGUCCAUGGUUGUGCAACUUGACACCCAAACUUAUGUUUUCUUUAUAUUUGAUCCUAAAGACCCUGGUGUAUUUGACCAACUGUGGAUGAAGCAGCUCUUCUUGUGACGACAGUUUGGGUUGUGGUCACGCUAUAGUAACCAGGAACAGAUAGUCUUCCGGAGAUGACUUCUCCUCUGCCCUUAGCUAACACGAAACCUCCACCUGUUGCAUUGUUUGCUCAAUCAAAUGUUACUGAGCCACAGAAGAAGCCAAACCUUGAUCCCAUGCCCUCCGACUCCCUCCUUUCAGCAGCUUUUGACCUAGUGUGAAUCGGAGAGGGAGGGAUGUCACAGCUUAGAUGCCAUCAGUGAGGAGGAUUUGCAGGUUUUAAGUCUCUGCUCUUUGGCCUCCUCACAGUAGGACUUCCUGGGGGCAUGGGGCUGGUCCUUUGCACAAAAGUUAAACCUGCCUGCUGCAACAAUGACGCAUUUAAGGCCUCCAAAGACAUUGAACUUAGUUGGAGCAGUGAGCUGAUCUCAUAGUGACCGAUGGGAAGUCAUGCAUUGAGAAUGAGAGGAUGCACAAUGACACGCUGACAUAGUGACACAUAUGUGACUGAGUGAGGUGACAUGCAGUUAACUGAUUUUAUUUUUUUAUAAUUGAGAGCGCUUUCGCGUUUAAUCUGCCCAAAGGUUGUUAAAGGAAUAGUUCAACAGAGAAACAGAGACACAUGAAAUGCCUCAAAUCCUUUUUGUUAAAUCCAACACAAAUGUAUAAAAACAACAGUUUGCGGUUUUAUGAGGGCUCAUGUAUAUUUACUGGGGGAAAUGUGAACCAGUGUACACCUUCCAAAGAAAUCUACCUUACUGGAACACUCUAAAGCUCAAUAAUACAUUUCAUAUUUGAUUAAUCUGAAGAAAAGUAUGUAUGGUGAGGGGGGUGCUUCCCUACACCUGAUUUUAAUGACGAUUUAGGGCAAGAGCCAGGGCCACUGUUAGCUAAACAAACAUGAAAUGACCAGCUAGUGCUAGCUAGUUUAAUUAGUAAAGUGCAUCCAUACUUAACCUUAAUCUGGUUGCUAAUUUGGCUAGCAAAAAAACAGGCUUGUUUGUGAUGUACUUCAGUGAAAAAAUAAACAGCUGAAUUCUUUGUGUCUUUGAAUACAAUUUAACGCUCAAUUCAGCUGAUUUGUUUUUAGAGAUUAUAGUGCGGGUAAAUAUUUUUCCUUGCACUCUUUAAAAAAAGUUUCACAUAUUUUCCGUAUCACAGAGCCCGGCUAGCAGUUUUCCACUGCUUCUGGUCUUAAUGCUAAGCUAACCACACCCUGGAUUUACAUUGAUCUUCUCAUUGGAAUAAUGAAUAAAAACUAAAAUAUUAUUUCCCAAAAUGUUCCCCCUUGCUUUGAAGAAAUGUGACAGCUGAUGUAGCUAUACUGUAUCCUCUUCAGAAUUAACCAUCUUUAGAUUAGGAUGAAUGCUUUUAUAAGGAUGCAUUUCAUUUACAUUCAGAAGUGCCAGCUAAUUACACAUCUCUCAAUAUGUCUUUUUUGUCAUAAUGAAGUGAUAUUAUUAUCAUCAAACCAUUAUCAUUUAAUAUUAACUAAUCUUAUGGUCAAAAUGACAUUUCAGCUUCUCCUUCCACUCGCAGCUUUGAUGACAAUUUCAUUAUUAUUAUUAAUAUAUGGGUCUUCAUUUGCCCAUAAAACCAGGACAAUGAAAUUGAAAGGCCCCUGUCCACAGCAAGCAAUAAUGGCUCCUUGUCCAAUGGGAAUUGAAUGGAGGAUAGCAUCCCUGAGAAGCCUAUUCUCUGAACCAACCGGUCUCUCCCCCCCCCCACCCCCGCCCCCCAGCCCCAUUCUUCAAACAACACUGUGACUGACAGCUCCCUUUCACAAGACUCCGACUGGCAAGGAAGGGCUUUAAUUCCAAACCAUUUGGUAGCAUGGCAUGAUAAAGACGGGACCGACGUGUUUUAUUGUCCGUUGGGGCGAGUUUUUUUUUUUUUUUUUUUUCAUGUGAUUUAAUUUGUGUUUGGAUUUUCGACUCUGUAUUUAUCAAUUUCAUAUAUAAAAAAAGUCACAUUUCAGCAGUUAUGUGAUGGCCCUCAGUCAUAACACAACGUUUGUGUUCGCGUAAUGUCGGAUUUCAGAUAAUGGGAAAAUAAGCCGUGAUUUCACCUGCUUAUUAAGCUGUAACCGUACAUUUACCUGACAGCUGUAGUACUCAAUUUAGUUUUGUUAAAAUGUUUUUGGUUGAACAAAAAAAAACCUCUAUAUAAAAUAGUCCACAUUAGCUUAAUUUGGCUAAUUUAGCUUUAGCCAUGCCAACUGCAACAUACAGAUGAUACUUAAAUAAUACAUAUUAUAAUUACCAUAUAAUAUAAAAAUACAAAAAAACAAUUUUAUCCACCACACAUUGAUACUCUUUAGUUACUGGGGAUAGUAAUCAUUAGCAACUAGGAAGGACAAAAUCACAUGAUAUCAUUAUUUUAUCGCCAGUGCGAUCAUUCAUUUCAUAAUGAUAAGCAAAAACUUGAAUAGUCAGAACAUCAUUUGUACUGGAGUAUUUAAUUUACAGGGGUAGACGUCAUAUUCACAAGAGGUAUACAUGUUUUAUUCAUAAUAAAUUAAAAACUAAUUGAAGAAGACAAACAAUGCUUUCUCUUUCCUUGUAUUUGUUUAAAUAUUUAAUCUGGCACUUUCGCUAAUAUCCAAACCUUCACAAAAUGUGUAGGCUGUACUAGUUUAACAAUAGCAACCUAAAAAAUGCAAAAUGAAGGAAUUGAUAAUGGCCCCAAAGUCAUUUCCACGACCAAUUUUCUUUUAAAAUAGGAAACUGGACACCUUUGUUUUUUGGGCUGUUGGUUGAACAAUACAAAACAUUUUGCAAAUGUUUUAGAGCAAAUCAUAAAGUCAUGAGCAUCAGUAGGUAAUCAAAAAGACAGCUCCACAAAUGUUAUAAGUGAGAGCCAACGACUCAUUUCCCUCUCUCUGUGGAUGUCAGCACUGGUGUCAAAGUCAUCACAAACACAUUUUGAUUGAUAGGUGAACCUCAUCGUCAUUGGCCUUCCUGACCUACAUCCCUCGCUGCUCGCCCUCCGACCUUUGGCCCCGUGCUGUAACACACCAACCCACUUCCUCCUCAGCACAACAGUGUUGUCAAGCUCAUGGAUCUCCAGCUGAAAGAGGCAGAAGUUAAAGAGGGGGGCGGGCCUUAAAGACCACGCAGGGAUUAGUCAGCGGCUCCACUGGUUUCCACCAUCAACCACAUAUUUGAGGAGAGGAAGAGGCAAACAGAUGGUGGAGAGGCGCUUUGUGACUUUGUGACAUCCUGUGUGUGUGCGUGCGUGCGUCUAAUGUAACCAGUAGGCUCUGGGAUCACUGCCAAUUCCUAAAAAGCACAAAAGGGUUCAGGGAAGAAUACAUCUACUUUGUUACAAAAUGCCCUCCAACCAACCCCCUCUUCCUCCUUGUGCCACACCCCCACACCCACCUUGCCACCUUUAGACCAAGAACACAAGGAUGAUUCCCACCUUUGAUGGUUGGAGGGUGGAGGGGGCUCCGGGGGCCAGCAGAAGCAGAGGAGCUGUUUACCCUGCACUUGGCUUCUGUUCAGUCCUCCACUCACCCCACCCUCCUCAGGAAAACCAACUCCCUUUGGAUUUUUCCAGCCCAUUCGGAGGUGUAAAGAUAACACCCCACCCACCCACCCUUUCACCCUUUUCACCUCCCUAUCCUUGCCCCUUCAUCCCCAGGGCGUCACCCCCUGUCACCCGCUCUCCUUCAGGGGUGGGGGGAGUGCUGCGCUGCACCUGUCCUGACCCGUCUAGACACCAGCGCCUGGCUUUGUCUCUUCACCGGGGGACAGGAAGAGGACGGGGAGACUGGGUGGAGAGGUUGGGAGGGUAUGCGCAGGUUAAAAGUCAGAGUUGGAGGGUGAGGUUUGUUAGUGAGUAUGGAGGAGACACUGCAGAAACAAGGGGCCGCCCUGCUGACCCCAGGGGCCCUGCGAUGUAGCAGACACUAACAUCAUGGUUGCCAUGGCAGUGACACAUGUGCUUAGUUUAAUGUUCUUUGUGUUUACCAUACAUGGAGCUUAGUGUACAAAUGUUAAUGUUUCACUUGGUGCAGGAAACUCUGGGUAAAUAUGAGGGAAGCCAUUUGGUUGAUCCAGAGAGGAAGCAUCAGCUCAACUCUCUCUCUCUCUCUCUCUCUCUCUCUCUCUCUCUCUCUCUCUCUCUCUCU